CUGCGCUUUUUUACUCCGAUCAUCCUCAGACAUAAGAACAAACUGCCACCAUGUUGCGCGAAGUAAAGGCAAAGAACCCGCGCACCGCGCGCAUCCUUAAGGCGCGGGAGCCCCAACUCAUCGAAGGCCCGAAGAAGACUCUACUGUUGCACGGCACGAAAUGCCCCCAGGCCCUCGACACCGUCUUGAAGACCUUCCACUCCCUCACAAAGCCCAAUUCCGUCCUGUUCCACAAGAAAAAUGAGAACAUCCACCCCUUCGAGAACCUCGAGAGCAUGGAGUUCUUGGCAAACAAGAACGAGUGCGGUCUUGUAAUCUUCGGCAGCAGCAACAAGAAGCGCCCCAACUGUGUCACUCUCGCACGAAUUUUCAACUCACAAACUCUCGACAUUUGCGAAUUGAUGCUUCUUCCUCCCGCCGACAAGACGGCGAUCCCUCCUUUCAACGAGCUCACUAUGCCCGUUGGACUCGGCAUGCGGCCAAUGAUGAUUUUCUCUGGCAGCCCCUUCGAGGACCCGACAUCCUCGGCGCACGUUAUGCUUAAGAGUUUCUUCCUCGACAUGUUCAAGGGUGAGGAAACCAACCAGAUCGACGUUGAGGGUCUUCAGUACGUUUUGAUGGUUGGUGCCGAGGAGCCCCGCGACAACCUUUCUCCCAUCGUGCACCUGCGGUGGUACAAGGUUGUCACCAAGCGCAGCGGCCACAAGUUGCCCCGCGUUGAGCUGGAAGGAGUCGGACCCAAGUUCGACUUCAAGAUUGGCCGCCACCGCCCCGCUACCCCCGAGGCCAUGAAGGAGGCCAUGAAGCAGGGCAAGCGUCCCAAUGAGGAGAUGCGGACCAAGAAGAACAUUACCCUGGAUACCAUGGGUGACAAGAUUGGUCGUGUUCACUUGGGCAAGCAGGAUCUUGGCGGUCUUCAGACUCGCAAGAUGAAGGGUCUCAAGCGUCGGGCGGGUAUCGACUCGGACGACGAGGAGGAGGACUUGGAGAUGAUGGAUGUGGACGAGAUUUUGGAGGACGAGGGCCACAAGCGGGCUCGUACGGACUAGAACUGAUUCACUUGCAUUGUUGCGUAUUUACACUAUCUCAAGGCGUUUGGUCCGGCUGGGGUUUGUGCUUCUUGAUGCCUGUGUAUCUGCAGGUUUCCUGUACCGCCAUGGAAAAGUACUAUAGUGAAGCGAUGCUUCUUGACAAAUGAUUUCGAACCAAGAUAGUCCACGUAGAUACAGCUAUACAUCCUAUUUAGGCUCUUUC